GUGUCGUGUGCUUGGUCUAGAGAGAGGCUUGAGCGGCACUCUCCCCCUCUCCUUCACUGGCCAAGAUGUUUCUCUCGGUUUUAACGGCGUCGUUGGCCGUUAUUGGCUGCCUGGUGACUCAGACAACAUGCACCGAGGAUAGAGAUCUGCUGAUAGUGACUGUUGCAACAAAUGAGACCGAUGGAUUUAAGCGUUUCAUCCGCUCGCUAAAUAUCAAUGGCCUGCAAGUUAAAGUUUUAGGUCUUGGUCUUGCAUGGGAGGGAGGAGAUGUGAAGAAUGUAGCCGGUGGAGGUCACAAAGUUAAUCUGCUGAAGGAGGAACUCAAGAAGUACAAAGAUGAUGCAAAAAAGAUAAUUAUGUUUAGUGAUAGUUAUGAUGUUAUCUUCACGGAUGGCAAGGAUGCUAUUCUGGAGAGAUUUGACAAGCUGAAUGCCCGAGUGGUCUUUGCUGCGGAGGAUUAUUGCUGGCCAAAUAAAAACUUGGCAUCACAGUAUCCAAGGGUAGCAUUUGGCUACAAGUACCUAAAUUCUGGAGGUUUCAUCGGCUAUGCACCAGAUGUCUACAAAAUUGUCACAUCACAUGAAAUUAAGAAUGAAGAUGAUGACCAGUUGUACUACACAGAAAUAUUUCUUGAUGAGAAGCUUCGUAAGCUUUAUGGAAUGAAACUUGAUACUCAGGCGAAAAUAUUUCAAAACCUUAAUGGACAGUAUGGUGAGUUGGUCAGAAGUGGUCCAAGUUUAGGGAAGGCAUCCAUUCUGGGUAACAACAUCUACCUCUUGAAGUCCUUCAGAAGAAGGCAAUGUCUUUGUGAACAGGUGUUUAACCCCUUGGUGCUGG